AUGGCAAAUCUUACUAAACGUGAAUUUUUAGCCUUAGAUAUAUCUGGCAAUAGCUAUAUGUCUUGGAUUCUUGAUGCCGAGAUUCACUUAAUGCGAUGGGUCGCGGACACCAUCAAAGAUAAAAAUACGGCAUCAAACCAAGACCGUGUCAAGGCAAUGAUAUUCCUCCGCCAUCAUCUUGAUGAGAAUUUGAAAAUGGAAUAUCUCACGUUGAAAUUAUGUGGUGAAAAUAUCACUGAUCAUGAUAUGCUGGAGAAAACAUUCUCCACUUUUCCCGCCUCGAGUAUGCUCCUGCAGCAGCAGUACCGAGAAAUGAAGUUCAAGAAAUAUUGUGAACUCAUUGCACAUCUUUUAAUUGCUGAACAACAUAACGAAUUAUUAAUGAAAAAUCAUGAAAGCCGACCCACUGGUACUGCCCCAUUCCCUGAAGUGAUUGAGGCAAAUUUUCGCCAUUCUAGGCGUGGAAGUGGUCGUGGCUCCAGUCGUGGUCAUGGUCGUGGUCGAGGAAGGAAUUUUAAUCAUGAUUCUCGUCUUGCACCAAAUAAUACCCUUCACCACCAGCAGUGUAAAAGGAAGGAUGAAAAGCAUGAAAAUGAGAUCCAGAAGAUCAUCCACUUGCAGAAAAUAGCAAAUCAAAUGCCAGACAGUUCUUCGAUUUGA